AUUUUAGAAGAUAAUAAUCAAGCAUUAAUACCAGAAUUAAGAAGUUUAGUACAAAAUCAUCAAUUUUGGGCAAAUGCAGAAGCUUUAGCAAAAAUAUUAUUACCUGCUAAAAAUGCUGUCAAGAUG